AUGACUCGUCUAAAGCAGAUUCUCGUUGCUGCUGUGUGCGUUGCGUCAGCCAGCGCCUAUAACAUCAAUGUGCAAUCUUCUGGGGGCAACCUCACUGGAAAGUUCGGGCAUGAAUAUGGCUAUGGUUUCCUCCAUGAGGAUAUCAACAAUUCGGGUGAUGGCGGAAUCUACGCUGAGUUGAUCCAAAAUCGGGCAUUCCAGUACAGCAAGGCGUUCCCAGUCUCCACGGCGCAUUACUACCCCAUCAAUGCAAACCUUAGCAUCCAACAAUUGGAGAAGCCACUCUCGGCAGCUUUGCCCGCCUCCAUGCGAGUAGCAGCCAGUAAUACUACUGGGAAAGUUGGCUUCGAGAAUGAAGGCUACUGGGGAAUGGACGUCAGGAAACAGAAAUACACGGGAUCUUUCUGGGUCAAGGGCGCGUACAAAGGUCACUUCACUGCUUCAUUGCAGUCAAAUCUGACCAACGAGACAUUCGGGGCAGUCCAUGUCAAGUCCAAGGCUGUCGCGAAUGAGUGGACCGAACACCAGUUUGAGCUUGUGCCUAAGAAGGAUGCACCAAACUCUAACAACACAUUCGCCAUUACUUUCAAUCCCAAGGGCACUACAGCUGGUUUCUUGGACUUCAACCUGAUCAGUCUAUUCCCACCUACAUACAAGGGCCGAAAGAAUGGUCUCCGUAUUGAUAUUGCAGAGGCUCUCGCUGACAUGAACCCUCACUUCCUCCGCUUCCCUGGUGGCAACAUGCUCGAAGGCCUUACAAACGAUACUCACUGGGAUUGGAAAAACAGCUUAGGUCCUCUCAACGAGCGUCCCGGUUUCCAAGGUGUCUGGACCUACCAGCAAACAAACGGCCUUGGAAUGAUGGAAUACCUUGAGUGGGCUGAGGAUAUGGACAUGCAGGCUGUUAUUGGUAUCUGGGGCGGUCUAGCUCUGGAUGGCAACUACACACGUCAAGAGGACUUGCAACCGUUCAUUGACGACGCCCUCAAUGAGAUCGAAUUCGUACGAGGUCCCGCCAACUCCACAUGGGGCGCGCGCCGUGCGGCACUUGGCCACCCCGAGCCCUUCGAGCUCAACUAUGUCGAGAUUAGCAAUGAAGACUGGCUCGCCGGCUACCCUGGUGGAUGGGAAUCGUACAAAGCCUACCGCUUCCCCAUGUUCUACGACGCCAUUAUGGCCAAGUACCCCGACAUUCAAGUCAUCGCGUCUUCUGCUAGCAGUGAUCCCGCCCCCGAGGGAGCAACGACUGGCCCCAACUACGAAUUGGGUCUCAACUUCUCGCGCACACCCAAGGCUAUCGGCGACUACCACCCCUACCGCGAGCCAGAUGACCUUGUCGAGGAAUUCGACCGCUUCGACAACGACAUUGGCCACAUCGUCGGUGAAGUCGCCGCAACCCAUCCUAACGGCGGAACACGCUGGGCCGGCCCAUUGCAGCCAUACCCAUGGUGGAUCGGCGCGGUCGGCGAGGCCGUCUCGCUCAUCGGCUACGAGCGCAACUCAGACCGCAUCCCAGGAACCUUCUACGCGCCUGUGCUCAAGAACGAGAACAGAUUCCAGUGGCCCAUCACACUGAUCCAAUUCACCGCCGACCCAAAAAUGACCACCAAGGCUGUGACGUGGUACUGCUGGUCGCUGUUCGCACACCACCCCAUCUCGAACACCCUGCCAACAUCGUCGAACUCCAGCUACGGCCCACUGUACUGGGGUGCGGGUGUGGACCAUGCUCGCAAUGACGCCAUGGUCUGGAAGGGCGCUGUUUACAACACAACCAACAGCAGUGUUGUCCCCGUGUCGGUGAACUUCCAGGGUGUUACGGCUGGUACCAAGGCUGCGCUCACUCUUCUCACAAACACGGUCGCAGAUCCGUAUGCGCACAACGACCCCUUCACGGGCGUCAACAUCGUCAACACAACGAAGAGCAUCUUGACUGCUGGGUUGGGCGGCGUGUUCGAGUUCAGCAUGCCUGAGUUGAGCGUCGCGGUGCUGGACACAGAUAGUGCCGGUAUUGAAGAGGAGUAGAACAGACGUGGGAAUCUGUGGCAGUAUAGAUGUAUAACAAUGAAUGUUUAGUCACAUCUUGUCGC